AUGGACGAAUCAUCACCUUUGUUGAACAGUGGCCAGCCCCAUGCCAAUCAGGAGGUAAAGGAAGGAAUCAGUAAGAUCUUUCUGCUUGCCACCAUGACUGGGACAUUCCUCGCAAUGGCCGAUGAAUCAUUUGUCUUAUCCAACAGUGAAGAGAUCGGUGGUCAAUUCCGGCAGUCAUCGUUUGGACCGUGGAUUCUAUGCAGUUAUAACCUAGGGUACUGUGUUGCUCUACCCUUGUACGGAUAUCUUUGCAAUACAUGCGGACAUAAGCCGAUCCUGCUCGCAGCGCUUACAACCUUUGCCUUUGGCUCGCUCAUUACAGGUGUCGCAGUCUCCAUGCCGAUGUUGAUUGCAGCUCGGGUGAUCGCUGGCGUUGGCGGAUCGGGACUGGUUGAUGUGGUAUCGAUUAUGAUCAACGACCUAUUACCCAUAUCCGAAGUUGCAGUCCUACGUGGCUAUCUAUCUUUCGUCUCCAUGGUAGGCGUGUGCUCCGGGUCUCCCCUCGGAGGAUUGCUGAUGGAUUCUAUCGGUUGGCGGUGGUCUUUUGCCGGCCAGGUGCCCAUCAUCCUUGUUAUUCUGCUGAUUACAGCAUUGCAGUGUCCUCGAACAUCAGGGUGUAACUCUCGGCAGGGAGAGUUUCGGCAGCUGGACGUGCUCGGUCUCAGCUUCAUGACCGCUGCCAUUGGGAGCCUAGUGAUACUCCUCCAGAUCAUCCAGCAAUCUAGAAUGAAGGAUAACCUUUGGGUGGCAGCCCUAUUCGUGGUGUUUCUCUUGUCCACCGUGAGUCUAGUGUUCACCGAGGUUUUCUACGCCAAGGAUCCCUUGAUCCCCAUCCGUGAAAUAAAACGAAAUGGUUCUGGUGUUCUCUGCUUGUUGCAGACGGUCAUCAUGUUCGCACAAUUUGCACUUAUCGCCAACUUGGCGACUUUCUUUGUACGAAUCCGCCAAGUUAAUAAUUCCACUGCUGGCCUUGUUCUUCUUCCACUAGCUCUGGCCGUCGCCCUUGGCUCGGUUGGUGCUGGUCAUAUAAUUAAGAAGUAUAUAUUCACAUCGUUCUUUGCUGUUAUCCUCGCAAAGGCCUCUUAUACUAUCGCAGGCCUGCUCUGGCGCCAGAGUCCUAGCUAUCUGGGUUUGAUACCAGCCAGCCUCGGUAGCCUAGGAGUGGGCAGCCUUGUUGCGGCUCAAUUUGUGGCCAUUUCAGUCCGGACUCCCUCCGAACACGCUAACUCGUCUAUAACUACUUACUGGCUCGCCCAGCAGCUGGGAAUGAUCCUUGGUGUGGCAGUUGCUGCUUUAUUAUCACAAAGGGUGUUGGCUGACGCCCUGCAAUCGCUGCUGAAAGGUCUCCCCAACUCUUCCGAGAUUAUUAAAACUGUCUUGAACGACAAUCGUGCCCUCCCCUCGCUCCCUAAACCCGUCCAAGGCCUCGUCCGCACUGCCUACCUGGAUAGCUUCCAGAGCGUAUUGAUACUUGCCGUGAGUGGCACGGCCUUAGGCCUUCUGAUUGUUAUAUUUAUGAGGGAAUAUCCCAUCGAUACGUGA